CUAUUGAAUAAUUUGUCGUUCCUUGACAAUUGACAUGCGUACGUUGACAAGUGGAGAUUGUGAGCAUGGGAACGGCUAUACGCUCACACCGCAGCGAAGUUAGAGUCCGAUCGGGAGAGGAAAAAACACCUUUAACCUCAUCGGCAGAUCGAGCGGCAGCGAAGUUAGCGGCAUCAGUAGCAGCGAAAACAAGAGAGGAAGAGUGAGGAGCGAAAAGUAAUCAAAAAUGGCGUCGGCUAAUCAAGUGACGGCUUCUCACAUCCUCAUAAAGCACGAGGGCUCUCGCAGGAAGGCGUCGUGGAAGGAUCCAGAAGGCCGUGUCAUCAAGAACACUACCAGAGAGAGCGCCGUCUCCCAGCUCAAAGCCUUCCGUGAUGACAUAGUUUCCUGCAAGGUUAAGUUCGAGGACAUCGCUAGCCGGUUCUCGGACUGUAGCUCCGCUAAACGUGGCGGCGAUCUCGGUCCAUUUGGUCGGGGACAAAUGCAGAAGCCUUUCGAGGAUGCUACAUAUGAUCUUAAAAUUGGCGAGAUAAGUGACAUCGUGGAUACUGAUAGCGGCUCCCACAUCAUAAUGAGGACUGGUUGAAGAACUGGUUGAAGAUGGAAGGAGAUGCAUUUGUCUUACUGGGCAAAUUUUCUUUUGUGUAAGCAAAACAUAUUUGAGUAUUGAUAAUCAGGAUAAAAUGUCCCUCACUUGCUGCAUUUUGCGAGUGAUGCUUCUUUUUACUCAAUGGUAGUUUGUUUACCUUUCUAGUC